AUGGGCAACGGUGCGAAGGCAGCUCAGAAAAGGGAGAGGAACGCGGCAAAGGCUGGCAGCACAGCCAAGAGCCAGAUCAAGACCAACCAGGCUGCCAUGAACAUCGUCUGUCAAAUUUGCCGGCAGACUUUCUUGUUGACCACUCGUGCCCCUGCGCUGGAAGAGCAUGCGCGGAACAAGCAUUCGAAGACGAUAGCCGAGUGCUUCCCGGGCUCUGGGCAGUAG